CCGGUCUACGCAGCUAGCCGCCCCCUUCCCUCCGUCGCAAAUCGCUGCUACCGCCCGCGUCCUCGGCGCGCCCCUGUCCGUCCCCGUAAACUGAGCGCCGCUGUCCGACCCGUGCCUUUCGCGUCAUGGGCUUUGCCACAGCCGCGGGGGGAGGGGGGACGGGCCGCGCGCAUCCGUCCGAGCAUGGCGCAAGGCAAACAAAUCGCUGAGAUCGCCAGAUCCGCACGACAAUCAAAUCGCCGAGGUUAUCCCCGUAUCUGAUCGGAUCUAGCGCCCUCGGUGAGCCAUACCGUUGUCCUCUCCCCUCGUGUGUCACCGCGUUGUCACUACACGUCCUCUACAUUCCUCUCCGGUGCCUCACACGCUGUACAUGUCCUCCUUUGUUCCCCCGUUCGGAGGGCUGCGAUGGCCCUCUCUGUGCCACCCGUCCAAAGGGUCUGUCGGCUGCGCUCGGAGAGCCGCUCAUCAUCUCUCGCGUCACCGCCAUUGAGACUCCCUCGCCCAUCUCCCAUUUCCGACGUCAGCCCAUCCCCCUCGCGGCUCAUGGAGUUAAGGUCGCGCGAGGUCGCCCUAGCAGGAUGGUGCAACAACAUGUGGGCCUCCCAUAGCCGUUGUCCACCAGUCCCCCUCACUCCUCGCUGUCUUCAGGUUGCAUGUACGGUGCGCGAGGCCGCAUGACUGUACCACAAACGCAACAACAUGAGGGUCGGCAGCGCUACCGCGAACGGCGGCGCCAAGGCAGCAGAGCCGUCCGCGCGGCGGGACUGAGUGACGAUGGCGGCGGCUUCUGUGCCAACGAUGAAGUUCUUAACCAGCUUGAUGGCAACACCGAUUCAGAUUGAUCCAUCCAACUACUGCACCGGCGACCCUGCUCGGCCGCCUUCUCUAGAACCAUGACCCGCCUUGACCUCCUGGCUUGGAAGCAGCCAUGGUAAUCAACGCACACGCGUCUCAUCUUGACUGCGUCCUGCUUGGUUUGUUCUCCCUACAGAUUGCAUCUUUAACACAUGCGGAUGCGCAGAGCUUUAUACGAUUAGACCCUGUUCUGAUUUCCACUCUUCCUGAUCCAGAAUUACAUCAUCGGCGCCUUCGAGCCACUAUGCGACAUCUUUGUCAGCUUCUCCAAUGAGAGUACUUGCAAGCAGGUGCCUCCCUGCAGCACAAUAACCAGGUGAAAGGAGAGAGAGCUUUGAUUUGGUUAAGUACAUCGACAACAAUUUUGAAGGCCCGUCGUUGCUUCCUGAUGAUUCUGCAAAGAAGCAGUUCGCUGAGGAGCUGCUUGCAUAUACCGAUGAGUUCAACAAAGUACCAUACUGCUGCGAUCAUCUGUUGGCUUUGUGGGAUAAAGGGAACUUCUAGCUACCAGCAGAAUAAAGACAAUACCAACAACAUUUCAAGAAAGGCUUUGCGUGGAUUUAAGCUGAUUGAAUGCCAUUCAUUGCCAAUUUCACAGCUAACAGAAUCACUUGUGAAUGCAUUCAAUAAAUAUGAAAAUGAUUUGGAAUGCCAAAAGGAUGUUUAUGUUUGUUAUAAACUGCCUUCCUCUAAACUUAAUCUGAUAUACAGAAGAGAUGAUUCCCUUGGACUAAAUGACAUCGAAACUUCGAACAGAUACAAUAUCGAUACUACUGGACUAGUAUGUUGUUGGCCAUCAGAAGAGGUCCUUGCCUACUACUGUAUUAACCACUCAGAUAUGUUUAGGUCCAAGAAAGUGCUUGAACUUGGAUCUGGUUAUGGAUUGGCUGGACUUGUUAUUGCAGCCAGUACAAAUGCUGACGAGGUUGUUAUUUCUGAUGGAAACCCACAAGUAGUUGAAUAUAUUCAGAAGAACAUAUCCAUCAAUGCAGAAACUUUUGGUGAAACAAAAGUUAAAUCUAUGAUACUGCAUUGGGACAAAGAGCAAGCUACAGAAUUAUUGAAUACUUUUGACAUAAUCGUUGCAAGUGACUGCACAUUUUUCAAGCAAUUCCAUCAGAGCCUUGCCCGAAUAGUCAAGUCCUUGUUGAAGCCUUCAGCAACCUCACAAGCCAUCUUUCUGAGCCCCAAAAGAGGCUAUUCAUUAGACAAGUUUCUAGAAAUAAUCAAAGAGAAUGGUAUGUGCUGUGAGUUGAUAGAGAAUUAUGAUCCUACUGUCUGGAAUCUGCACAAAAAGUAUGUGGCUGGUGAUGACAGAACAUGGCCCAAUUAUGAUAAGGAGCAUUGCUACCCUCUGCUGGUUAGAAUUAGCUCUUUUAGUGAAUAGUCAUUUUUUUUUCCAUUUUUAUUUGAUCUUGGAUGAUCCAUUUGUAAUGUUACCUGUUCUUUAAUCUACUCCAUCUAGCACAA